UGCAGAAGUCCGUGCGCCGCAUGGCCAGGUACGUGGCGUGGAUGGCCGUGUUCCUGGUGUCCACCUGCUCCGCGUUCUUCGUCAUCCUGUACAGUAUGGACUGGGGCAAGGAGAGGAGUGACGCCUGGAUGAAGGCCUUCAUCCUGUCCUUCAUGGGAUCCAUCAGUGUGGUGGAAACCCUUCAGAUCUUUGUGCUUGGUGUGGUCCUGGCUGCCAUCUUUAGCCUCCCGUACCUCGCCAGGCCGCCGGCUAUCCCGAAAGACGACUUGCAGCUCAACCUGUGGAACACUACAGCACCAAAGAAACUCCUUCGACCUGCAACAGUAAAUCUCAAGUCGGCUAAGAAGAAAAAGGAGCUGGAUAAGAAGUCUGCCUCGACGCUGAUGGAGUUUGUCCUGCUGUUAGCCUUCGUGGCCCUCCUGUUCUACGCCGCACAGAUGGACAAGGACACACUGGCCUUCUACGAGAGGCAUACACUGGCCAGCAACAUUCUGAACGAGUUUGAUGCGAUCAGGACACCUGAUCAGUUGUACUCCUGGCUUGAGGAGGUGCUGUUGCCAACCCUCCACCCAUCAUCCUGGUACAACGGGCGGAAGAUGCGGUACUUAGACCGGCAGUUCGCCUACAACACCGCGGCCUUCCGCAUCGGCCCUGCACACCUGACACAGAUGAGACAACAUCCAGUAUGA